AUGGUACUGUACCCAGGUCCAGUAGCAGUUGACUGGCAAAGUCCAGCCCUCCACUGCUGCAGUUGCAGGGAUCAAGAGGUCCAGCACAGAGACAGCAUUGGCGUCAAGGACUUCGAGCUCCGCGCCCCGCCCACGGAGCUCCGCGCCCCGCCCGCGGAGCUCCGCGCUCCGCCCACGGAGCUCCGCGCCCCGCCCACGGAGCUCCGMGCCCCGCCCACGGAGCUCCGCGCCCCGCCCACGGAGCUGCCCUCCCUGCCUGGGCGGCUCCCCCCCUGUUCCGCCACGGAGCUCCGCGCCCCGCCCACGGAGCUCCGCGCCCCGCCCACGGAGCUCCGCGCCCCGCCCACGGAGCUCCGCGCCCCGCCCACGGAGCUCCGCGCCCCGCCCACGGAGCUGCCCUCCCUGCCUGGGCGCCUCUCCGUCUGUCCCGCCACGGAGCUCCGCGCCCCGCCCAUGGAGCUCCGCGCCCCGCCCACGGAGCUCCGCGCCCCGCCCAUGGAGCUCCGCGCCCCGCCCACGGAGCUCCGCGCCCCGCCCGCGGAGCUCCGCGCCCCGCCCAUGGAGCUCCGCGCCCCGCCCACGGAGCUCCGCGCCCCGCCCGCGGAGCUCCCCACCCCUUGGCUCGGCGGGCGCCAGCGCGGACCCUUGUCCCGGCAGGUGCAGGGCACCGGCGACAGCAGCGCCCUCAGCAAGAGCUCGGCGGCGGCGCGAGGCUACGUGCGGGACCGCUUCCUGGCGCUGCUGGCGGGGCGGCGGCGGCGGCGAGCGCCCCUCGUCCACCGGGGUUAUUAUGUGCGGGCCCAGGCUGUGGACCACUGUGUUCGAGACUUCCUGCUGAAGACCCAAAGCUAUGCUAGGACACAGAUCCUGUCUUUAGGUGCUGGAUUUGACUCUUUAUACUUCCGCUUGAAGGACAUGGGUCUUCUGAGUCACACUGUGGUCUGUGAGGUGGAUUUUCCAAACGUGGCAUGCCAAAAAGCUGCUCUGAUCAAAGGAAUAAAAGAGCUGUCGUCGCUGGUGGGAGAUGCUGGAGGAGAAGGGCUCGGAGCCAUUGCCCUUUCUGGAAAGGAUUAUAAGUUACUAGGAGUGGACUUAACGGAGCUAUCUAAAUUGGAGAUAGCCCUGCAGGAAGCAGGACUGGACAAGGAAGUCCCCACUCUUUUCUUGGCAGAGGUGGUGCUCACCUACAUGGAAAAUAGCAGGUCAGAUGCCUUGGUACAGUGGGCAGCAGAUUGUUUUUCUCAGGCCUGUUUUGUGCUGUAUGAGCAGAUGCAUCCCGAGGACCCAUUUGGACGUGUUAUGCAGCRGCAUUUUAACCAGCUGAAUUCUCCCCUUCACUCUUUAGCACAGUACCCUGACCAUGAGACGCAGCGGAGGCGCUUCCUUCAACAUGGCUGGAGUGAGUGCAGCGUCAUGGACAUGAACGAGUUUUUUGCCUUCUGUGUUCCUGAAGAUGAGCAACGAAGAGUGCAGGCUCUAGAGCCUUUCGAUGAGUAUGAGGAAUGGCACCUGAAAUGUUCUCAUUAUUUUGUCUUGACUGCAGCAAAGGGGAUGAAGCCUUCCUGGACUCCUUUGAACAUGACAGUUGCUUGUGGUGAUGGUCCUGUCAGUGUGGCUGGAAGUAUCACUGCAGUAGCAUGUGGAAUGCACUCUGAAGCUGCUGGUCUGAGACGUUACGGUCACCACUCUGCUCUUAUAAAACCCAAUGUCAUUCUCACAACUGGAGGCUUUGGGGAGGAGGAUGGACAGCAUCGUCGUAUGAGAAAUUUCCAUGUCCUAAUUAAGCAUGAAGGCUGCUGGAAAGCUGGCUGUGUGAAAAAGGAAAAUUCUGGUAAAAGAUGGGAUGAGCGGUUGUACCAUACUGUGUCGUGUCUCUCGAACAGCCUGGCCCUGAUGGUAGGAGGACGGACAUCCCCAUCAAACGCAGCCUUGGGAAUGCUGUGGCUAAAGUUCCCAGACAGCAGUAAUGCCCUAGACUCCUUUACAGUGGAACUUGUAAACCCACAGACUGAACCAGCUGCUUUGCGUUGGAGACACAGUGCAACUGAAGUCAUGUUCAGAGGUGAAAAGUACCUGUUUAUAUAUGGGGGCCGUUCUGCUACGCAACCUGUGCUGGGAGACUGGCAUUUUCUGCACACUGAAGAACUUUCCUGCACUAUGAUUCCUGUUGAGGGUCCAGUACCGGAAGGCCGUCACUCUCACAGUGCAUGUACGUGGAGAGGAGGAGUGCUUAUUGCCGGAGGUCUGGGAGCAGCUGAGCAGCCUUUAGGCUCAGUUUUCUUUCUGAGAGAGAUUGAACAUGGUUUUCAGUGGCAGACAGUAGAGACACACCCUCCCCUCAUCCCAAGGUAUUCACAUACAGCACAUGUGCAUGAGGAAAAACUCCUGCUUGUUGGUGGAGUGUGGUUUCAUUCUUCCUCUGUGCCAGGCAUCACUGUCAUUGACUUAAUGACUGGUCUUUGCACAGACUAUAUGAUUAGUGUGGAACAUCUGGAGUGGCCGCUAAUGCUGCAUAAUCACAGUAGCAUCUUUCUGUCAGAUGAGAAAGAAUUGUUGCUCAUUGGCGGAGGUGGGAACUGCUUCUCCUUUGGGACACAUCUCAAUACAGAGCCUGUCUCCUUGAACCUCAGCAACAUCCUGACCAGCCACUGACAGGAACCAAAGAGGACUGACGAGACAUCCACUUCUAGGUCCAAGAGCAGCAACAUGUUUUCAUAGCUUUCAUAAAGGUCGGAUAAAGAAAAGGCAUCAGGAGAGACAGUUAAGACAGAGUUGCAUACUUCAUCUGUUUUAAUUUGGUACAGGUGUUUGUGCUGGUAAAAAUAAAAUAUCCCACAAGUAGCUCUGUAGUGUAAGCAGCAGCCUUUAGAGAUAAAAGGAGAAACAGUGCAGUGUUCAAAAGGGACAUAAGCCUGCACAAUGCUGAUUUGGAUGUGAAGGGUGGCCAGUGAGUCAAAAGCAAUUGAAAAUAAUCAAUCAAACAUAACUAAUAAGCAGAAGAGAAUGUUUAAAACCAGUUAAGAUAUGCAAGCUCAUUCCUCUCUUUGUCAGCAGCUCGAUCCCUCCUAGCUGUAGACUUUGCUAGAGGAUGAUAUAUCAGUAAGGGAGAGGGGGCAUGCUAUAUGAGGUCAUGAUUAGGCCUCAUCAGUAACAUUUGAUAGUAACUGCAUAUAAGGA